GCGCAUGCGCAGUAGUAUCUGUUAUGUCGUGGGUGUAUCCUUGAAGUUGAAGAUUGAAGAAACAGAACAGAAAGCAAGCAAAGUCUAACCGUAAUGGAGGGCAUAAAGAAGAAGAUAGCUCAACUUAGAGUUGAACUGGACGCAGAGAAAGAAAAGACGGAGAAAGCAGAGAAAGAAAGGAAAGAAGCAGAAGACAGGGCCGAACAGGCCGAGGCAGACGGAAAACAACUGAGCGGCAAGUUAAGAAUGCUUGAGGAAGAUCUGGAAAGUGCAGAGGAUAGACUUAGUGACCUUACUGCAAAGUUCGAUGAAAAAGAAAAAUUACUGGAAGAGACUGAAAGGGAGCUACGAAAGUACCAAUCAGCACAAACUUCAGAUGGAGACAAACUUGAGACAAUGGAGACAAAGCUACGUGUGAAAGACGAAAAAUGCUCCGAGUUAGAGAGAGAGCUGGAGGAAUGCAAACGAAAGAAUAAAUUUCUUACUCACGACAUUGAUGCUGCAGAGACCAAGAAUGAAGACCAAGCAAGGAAAAUUGAGGAUCUUCAAGCCCAACUAAAGGAUGCCCAUGACUCCCUACAGCAACAGAGAAGGAACGAGAGAGAAACUGAGUCAAUUGAAGAGAAACUAACAUCAGAGAAUCAAACCCUAAAGAAGAAACUGGAAGAAGCUGAGAAUCAAAAUUCUGAGCUUGUGCAGAAAAACAAGAGACUUGAGCAUCAAAUUGAUCAAUUAGAAACUGACCUCGACACAGCUGAAUCAAACUUUGAAAAAACAAAGGCAGAGUUGGAAAGUACCCUAGCCGAAUUGGGUGACUUGUAAUGAUUGUGUGAACAUCUUAUGACAGCUUUACUUGGGCCGGUUAAUCAACUGAGACAUUUUAAAAUUAUUAUUAUUAUUAUUGUCCUUUUUUUCUUACUAUUGCGUCUAAUAGACGCUUGAUGUAGAGAUAUUUAAAUCUCUCCUUUCUUAGCGACUUAGUCUUUACCAUUUUUUCCAUGUGCUCAGAAUUAUUAUUUUAGAGAUUUAUUAUUAUGAAUUAAGAA